AUGGCCACCGAAGUUGAGCAGCCUCGCCUCCGCCUGGGCUCUAUCGCCCCCAACUUCAAGGCCGAGACCACCAAGGGCCCUAUCGACUUCCACGAGUUCAUCGGUGACAGCUGGGUCAUCCUCUUCUCGCACCCCGAGGACUACACUCCUGUUUGCACGACCGAGCUCGGCGAGAUGGCCCGCCUGGCCCCUGAGUUCGCCAAGCGCGGCGUCAAGCUGAUCGGCCUCUCAGCCAACACCCUCGACAGCCACGAGGGCUGGAUCAAGGACAUCAAGGAUGUCACCGGCUCGCUCGUCGAUUUCCCCAUCAUCGCCGACAAGGAGCGCAAGGUCGCCUAUCUCUAUGACAUGAUCGACUAUCAGGACACGACCAACGUCGACGAAAAGGGUAUCGCCUUCACCAUCCGUUCCGUCUUUUUCAUUGACCCCAAGAAGGUUAUCCGCACCAUCCUUUCCUACCCCGCCUCGACCGGCCGCAACAGCGCCGAGAUCCUGCGCAUCAUCGACUCCCUACAGACCGGCGACAAGCACAAGGUCACAACCCCGAUCAAUUGGGUUCCCGGUGACAAGGUCAUCGUUCACCCCUCCAUCAAAACCGACGAUGCCAAGAAGAUCUUCCCCAACGUCGAGAUCGUCAAGCCCUACCUGCGCUUCACUACCCUCCCUGAGGUUGACUAA